AUGCCACAUGAUGAUGCAUUGGUGAUAACUCUAACGGUGGCUAACCAUGCCGUUCACCGAGUGUUGAUAGACAACGGAAGCUCGGCUGAUAUUAUUUAUUGGACAGUUGUUCAACAAUUGGGCAUUGGCCAAGAGAAGUUGAAACCCUUCCUGUCACUAUUGACAGGAUUUGCAGCUUAUAACAUGAUCAUCGGUCAUCCAGCUUUGAAUCAUUUGAGAGAGGUUACUUCUACCUAUCACUUGAAAGUGAAGUUUCCAACCAUUGAGGGAGUCGGCGAAGUUAAGGGAGACCAAGUUGUUGCCAGAAGGUGUUACCAUACGUCUUUGAAGAAAUGCCCAAAGUCAGCACUUUUGAUGAUCGGCAGUCUGGGUGAUGAGCGAAAGUUGCAGUUGAGAAAAGAGCUAGCUAAGCCAUUAAUUGAUGUACCUAUAGCUGAAGGAAAGGUUGUCAAGAUCGGUUCUCAACUAACUCCUAAGGUUAGAGAAGCCCUUGUUCGGUUUCUCCAACAAAACCUCAAAGUUUUUGCAUGGUCUCCAGAAGACAUGCCAAGGAUUGAUCCCAAAGAUAUUGUUCAUCACUUGAACAUUAAUCUCGAAGUUAAACCAGUAAAACAGAAGUGA